UUUAUUCCACUUUCUCAAAUAUAUACUCAAACAAAACAUAUUAUAAACUUCCAAUGGAGAUUUCCAAACGAGCCAAGAUCCUCACCGCCGGCACAAUCACCGGCGUCUUCAUCGUCAUGCUCAUCCUCUGGCUAUGUCUCCAUCAAUCAAAGACUAUCUAUCUCCUCGCCGGCGUGUUAGCCGCCGGAAUCCUCUCCAUCACUGCAUGGCUGUUAAUUCUCCACAACUCACUCAACUGGAGAAAACUCUCCUUAUCAUCCCAAACUCCAGACGGCACCGAUCUCCGUCUCGAGUACAGCUUCUUCCGUAAAGUUGCCGGCUUGCCGGCCAAAUUCCGGUACGAAGAUCUCCAGCGCGCAACCGACGACUUCAAUGCUAUGAUCGGCCGUGGCGCCUCCGCUUCCGUGUUCAAAGGUAUCUUAGAAGACGGAACUCAGAUAGCAGUGAAAAGGAUUGAGCUUGGAGCCGAGCAAGCAGACACCGAGUUCCGGUCGGAAGUCUCGGCCAUCGCCUCAGUGCAACAUGUCAACCUCGUGCGCAUCCUCGGCUACUGCCUCGUCUCAACCGGGCCACGUUUCCUAGUCUAUGACUUCAUCCCAAAUGGAUCACUAGACAAGUGGAUAUUCCCCAGAGCUGAAGCUUCUCCAAGCUUGCCAUGGAGGUUGAGGUACAAGGUCGCCAUUGAAGUGGCCAAAGCUCUAGCUUAUCUACACCAAGAUUGCAGGUCUAGAGUUUUGCACCUUGAUAUCAAGCCUGAAAACAUACUGCUUGAUGAAGCGUUUAGAGCAGUUGUAUCAGACUUUGGACUGUCUAAGUUGAUGGGAAGAGAUCAGAGUAGGGUAGUGACGACCAUUAGAGGGACAAGAGGGUACUUGGCUCCGGAAUGGUUCUUGGAGAAUGGUGUGUCUGAAAAGAGUGAUAUUUAUAGUUAUGGGAUGGUGUUGAUGGAGAUGGUGGGCGGUCGGAGGAAUGUGAUGGUUGUAGGGGAUGAGAGAAGAUGGUCAUAUUUUCCGAAGAUGGUUGCGGAGAAGGUGAGAGAAGGGAAGGUGAUGGAGGUGGUGGAUGAGAGAGUGAAGAAGGGUGGUGGAGUGGAGGAGAGGGAGGUGAUGGUUAUGGCUUGCGUGGCCCUUUGGUGUGCGCAGGAGGAGGCGAAGCUCAGGCCGAGCAUGGCGAGGGUGGUGGAUAUGUUGGAAGGGAGGUUGGUGGUUGAGAUGCCGCCGGAGACGGAGAUGAUCAUGUUGGACCUUUUGGCUGUGGAUGGUGCCGGUUAUCGUUGUGAUCAGAAGAAUAAUAAGCCUGAUGAUGUUGGAUCUACUGUUACUUGUUCUUUUUCUUUGUCUUUUUUAUCUGGUCGGUAAGAUU